AUGCUCGGUGACAUGUGGAAGAAGCUGACAGAUGAAGAGCGAAAGCCAUUUUUCGAACAGUCAUACAAAAGCAGGGAAGAGCAUAAAGUGCUAAUGAACGAAAACCCGCAUUUGAUCUUCAAACCGGUUGUGGUUAAGAAAAAGAAGGAAGAGAUUGCCAAGGCUAAGCAGGAAGCUGCCGCCAAUGCCACAAAUAAUGCGAAUUCAGCUGCGCCAAGCCCAGCCUAUCACUCGACCCCUAGCUUCAACGGCUUUAAAGCCCCAUCUCUCCCGCAAAACGGGCACCACUAUCUUCCAAACAUUACGCCCGGGACGACAGUUGCUCAGGCACUAGGAGUGCGCGUGCCUGGCCACCAUCAGCACCAUCAGCAGCACCAUCAAGCUCCGGUACCCAACUACAAUCCGCAGCCCCAAGCUCCGCAAUACCAUCAACUUCAACCCCCACAACCGAAACAACCAUCCCUCCACCACUGUCUAGAACAAUACUACACAUCGCUUUGUCAGCCAGCUUUUCCUCAAUCCGGAGAUAUCCCACCCGGCCAGCAUACCUCCAAUUUCCUCUGGGAUCAAUGCCAACAAGUCAGCAUGCAAACCGGCCACUAUCUA